AUGAAAGACUCCGAGUCUGGUGCCGUGCCUCAGCGCAAAAUGGGCACGCUCCGAAACGCCAAGAAGCAUCUCCUCGAGGCCAGAUUCCUCAUGGGCGCGGCCGUUGGGGUCUCCCUGCUCACUGCAAUUCUGGUGAUUAGCCUCCUGGCAGCUCACUGCGCUGGCCUUGAGAAGCUACUUGCAGCUCAGAGGGGAUUUGCUCUUGCGAGCCAGCAGGCUCUCCCAAUGGCUAAUCACAAGCUUGGUCGCCGUGGUGUUGACUGCGAUGAAACCGACUUGAUCAUGUCUAACUCUGCUGAUGAGGUUGUUACACUGGUUCUUGACAAUGGUUCUAUCGCUGCCGCAACUCAAACUCUUGAAGCCAAAGCCGUGGUUUCUGUCACCAGCAUCCCGAUCUCUACCCAAACGGCUACGUCGACCAUCUACAGCAUCAUCACCCCAUCCCGGCCAGCUAUCGUGACCAAGACCAAGACCAUGACGACUUCAGUCCUCCCCCCUCCAGAGACAUCCGUGUGCUCAGCCUUUAGCACUACGGUUACUGUCACCGUGACCGUCGUGCCUAGCCCCUGGGCCUCCAGCUCUGUCCUAGGCGACGUUACCGUGACUGCUGGCGCAUCAACCAUGACCAAUGUCAACACGGACGUCUCUUAUACCAGUGAACUUCCGGAUGCCACCAUCUCAGGAAAUCCAUCUACUGUCACUAAUGUUGACGUUUCCGUCACUGGCUUGCCAGACGUGACCAUCUCUGGAAACCCAUCCACAAUAACCAACGUCCUCACCGAUGUAUCUCUCACUAGUGGUCUUCCAGAUGCAACUGUCUCUGGCAAUCCGUCGACUAUCACCGCAAUCCAGACCAGCUUCUCUCUCAAUCCAGAACCCGUCACUUCGUUCGUCACGGUGGUCAUCUCUGACCUCUGGGGUCCUUCAGCUAGUUCUUCCGUCCCCGAUCUGGUGACAGUCACCGCCAUAUCUACUAUCAGGACAACUGUCACCACCAUCAACGCCGCUCCAUCUCCCAUCAUUAUCACCAUCACAAGUGCUUACUCCGUGCCUGCGAUGAGCACCUCGACGGCUUCCUCUGACAGCUCUAAAGCCGGCGCUCAGACGUUCCGCCCGAGCGCCUUCACCCAGACCAUCACUGCUACCAAUGGCGAGCCUGCCACGACCACUACUGCUGUCCUCAUACCAUCAGUAUUCUCUGGCACCAAUGGCACCGCGAGUGGGUAUCCAUCCGGUACCGCAACGAGUAUGGUAAUGCCCUCCGUUCCAGUUAUUGUCUCUGGCAGCAGCAAGGGCAUGGAGCCGCUUAGCAAUGCUUUCUGCCUCAUCAUGGCGGCUGCGGCCGUCAUGUCUAUGCUCUAA